AUGGUGAAACCAAAGUUCAAGGGGAAAAGCACGAUUAAUCCCUCGUCGUCCAGCAGUAACCCAGAUCGGGUCAAGACUGCUGGCGGAAAUAUGAGGGAUCGUUCCACUAUCAAGCGUUUGAAUAUGUACAGGCAAAAACAGAGAUGUAACAAGAGAGGAAAAGUCAUCAAACCCUUACAGUUCCAAUCCACUGUGAAUCCUGGGACAGUGGCCCGAGUCGAGCCCAACAUCAAGUGGUUUAUAAACACGCGGGUGAUCAAGCAGUCGUCCCUGCAGAAGUUCCAAGACGAGAUGAGCGCCGUGCAGAACAAUCCGUAUCGCUUCGUGAUGAGACCUAGCAAAGUGCCCAUGACGUUGUUGCACAGUCGGAUUAAAGCGCACAAUUCCAAGGUGCACAUUUUGGACACGGAGGGUUUCGAGACUACGUUUGGCCCCAAAUCUCAAAGGAAGAGGCCAAGUCUUGUGGUCACCGACGUUAAAGACCUUUUGGACCAAGCUGAAGCUUCGGCCAUGAGCUACAGUGCUGACAAGGACAAAGACCUGGUGAUGGAAGACACAGGAGUACGGGAUGUCGCUCGUGAGGAGAUUUUUAAAAAGGGGCAGUCCAAGAGAAUUUGGGGAGAACUGUACAAGGUGAUCGAUUCAUCUGACGUCGUCAUCCAAGUUUUGGACGCCCGUGACCCCAUGGGCACACGCUCAAAGAACAUCGAGUCUUACAUCAAGAAGGAGAAAUCGUGGAAGCACUUGAUCUUUGUGCUCAACAAAUGUGACCUUAUCCCUACUUGGGUCACUAAACGCUGGGUGGCAGUGUUGUCCCAAGAGUACCCCACGCUGGCUUUCCACGCCAGUCUCACUAACUCGUUCGGUAAAGGCUCCCUCAUUCAGCUCCUAAGACAGUUUGGCAAGCUCCACACGGACAAAAAACAAAUCAGCGUGGGGUUCAUUGGUUACCCAAACGUGGGUAAGAGCUCCGUCAUCAACACGCUACGAUCAAAGAAAGUCUGCAAUGUGGCGCCCAUUGCUGGAGAAACCAAGGUGUGGCAAUACAUUACUUUGAUGAGACGGAUCUUCCUCAUUGAUUGUCCCGGCGUUGUUUACCCGUCAGAGGACAGUGAAACUGAUAUUGUUCUCAAAGGAGUGGUUCAAGUAGAGAAGAUCAAGGACCCAGAGGAACACAUUCAAGCGGUGCUAGAACGGGCAAAGCCAGAAUAUAUCCAGAAGACAUACCGUAUCCCCACGUGGAGCUCGGCAGAGGAUUUCCUCGAGAAGUUGGCGUUUCGCUCCGGGAAACUUUUGAAGGGCGGUGAACCGGAUCUACCUACAGUGUCCAAAAUGGUGUUAAAUGAUUGGCAGCGCGGGCGUAUACCUUUCUUUGUGAAACCUCCAGGGCCGGAAGGUGACCAAGAGGUAAACCAUGUAUAGAUAGAACCUUUGCCAGUAAAAGCUGCCCCAGCAGAGGUAGGCAGCUUGCAGGAAGGCCAAACAGAGGACACCGCCCUCGUCCCUGUCGCCAAUGAAGAUGAAGAGCAGCAGAAGCAGCAACAGAAGGAGCAACUCAACAAGAUUUUGUCCAACGUACGGCAAAACUUCGGCAAGAUCAACGUGGCGCCAGAGUUCAACGAGGAGGACCUAGUCCCUGUAGAGAUGCCAGACUUGGACAUCUCUGGCUCGGAAGACGAGGAUGAAGAAGAUGAUGGAGGGGAAGAGGGGAGUGAGGUAGAGGAAGGUUUAAAGGAGGAGGAAGCGGUCGUUGAGGAGAAUCCGGUCGCUGAAAAAAAGAACUCCAAGCAGGUGAUACGUGAGCUGGAUGAGAAGAUCGCCAAGUAUAAGCAGUUUCUGGACCGAGCCAAAUCCAAACGCUUCUCUGCCAUCAGGAUACCUAAAGCUGAUACAGACCAAGUGUUGAAAGGCAUCAAACAGGCACAAACUAAAGCGGCCACACAGAAAAACAGAAAGAGGAAAGCCGAUGAUGAUGAGGAGGACGAAGCUGCCCAACAACCUAAACUGUCGUCCAAAGAGAGAAGAGCGCUGGAUCGUGCCCAGCGGUCGAAGAAAGUCGGCUCGCGCUACUACGAAACUCACAACGUCAAAAACAAGAACAAAAACAAGAAGACGAAAGACAACCAAGCAGGAACAUCAGAGGGAAGAAAAGCUAAGAGAGCUAAGCGCUAA